CCCCCUCCCCCUCCCCUCCCCUCCCCUCUAGUCAGGCUCCACUCUCAAUCCCAAGUAACGCUACAUCUCUCAAUCGCCAUAUUGGGUACUGAGGUUUGUCCGCAGUUCCUCUCACUACGGGACGAAAUUGACAGAGCGGCUUCAGUUCCUGGGCACUUUGUUUUGAUGAUCCGCGGAGACUACUUUUCGGCUUCAGAAACACCGCGGCCGUUACCGUUUCCAGCCCGACUAAUGCAUGGCAUAAGUCGUUUUACGCCCGUUUUGGCUCCAGCUCAGCGUCGAGGAGAUACCCGUUGUUUUUGAGCGGUGUAGGUUUUUUUGUGUUGGUUUUUUUUUCUUUCUUUUUGUUCACCCCCUUUUUCUCGUGAAAACUGGACGCUCCCGGCUGUUUGCAAAAUCCCGUCUGUCUUUUGGAGGGUGGGAGAAAAUGUCAGAUGUUCGACUAUCAAACGGGAGCCCGACCGUGGAGCGGACGGACUCCCGGGUGUCGGAUCACCCGAAACCGUCGGCUUGCAGGAGCCUCUUCGGCUCGGUGGACCACGAAGAGUUAAGGAGGGAUUUAAAGGGACACUUGCGGGAGAUGGAAGAGGCUGCCUCCGCCAAGUGGGGCUUCGACUUCGCCAAUCACACGCCGCUGGCCCACGGCAGGCUCGAGUGGGAACUAGUGGACUGCAGAGACGUCCCGAAUUUCUACAACAAGCAGCCGCGGAGGGAGAAGGGCGUCUGCUCCGCCGGGAAUAACAAUGUGGACCUAAACGGGAAUCAUAGCUGCGUGGUGGUGGUGGCGUCGAGCGGGGACAGCGAGCGGUCCGACGGACAGAUGGAAUGCACGGAACAGUGCACCGGGCUGAGGAAGAGACCAGCGUGUCACGACCCUUCGGCCCAAAAUAAGAGGUCGCACAGCAGCUCGGAUGAGGUCACUUUUCGGAGCCUGAGCCACUCUACAGAACACACACCCAGAAAGACCAGUCCCAAGAGGCAGACGUGAGGUCGAGGGACGGGCCGAAGAUGCGUUUCCCUUUUCAAGUGGGGAAACCUCAGUGUUGGUCGAUUUUUGGAUGAGGAACUACACAGCAUCAGAAACAUAUCAACUCUCCUGAAGACGGGGGUGGACGCUGUUGAAGCACUGAAUAGAAACACUAAAGUUGUGGCACUCAAUUAAAAAGUUACUGCCUCUAAAAGCAGUCAAUGUAGCAGUGUGCAAUUAGGUUUGAUUUCCUUUUUUGCUCCUUUUUUUUCUCUUUUUUUUUUUUUUUUACUACCUGUGUGUAAAUAAAUAUGCAUAUUAUAUUAUAUUUCUCUCCAUAUGUAGCACAUAAGAAAACAUUUUGAUUUGAACACCAAUCCUUUCUGUAAAAAGGUGUGAAUUUUGAUUUGACUUGAAGAAUUGCAGUGUAGUUUGAUACAUGUUUCCAAAAUGCUGUGCUGUGUUUAGUUUUUUUUCAUUCUCUGAAAAGCAUGCAACUUUGACACAAUCCCUAAUUGAUACAUUUAAAACAAAAAUCAUGGCUUCUUACAGUUUAUCAGUGUAUCUUCACUCCGUCAUCUUCCUAACUCAGCAGUGAAGAACGGUACAAAUGUAGCUCAUCUGUUUUUUUUCCCCCCUUCCUCUGGUCACUUCAGUGUCACCAAUUGCAGGUUUCUCCUAUAAGAUCCAUUUCCCACAGGAAGAAUAACAACAAAAACAUACUAUUUCUGCAAGGGUUUCCCUUACAUCACCCAAUAUUAAUUUUUUUAAAUGGGUGCUUUUAGCAUCAGUUGAAUCCUGGAAUAUGAUCAACGUAUAAUUUUUUUUUUUUAUAUAUCAAGUUCUCCUGCACACCUCAGCCACAUUGUGGUGUGUUUAAUUUGGAGUUGUGAGGUACUCAGAUAUUGAAGGACAAAGACCAUACAAACUGCACAGGUUGUGUUGUAAAGUCAUCCUCUCCGUGACUAUUUUUUUUUCUUCUGAUUCUUCAGCCUUAAUGCUCUCCAGAGGUUUUCUGAAAAGGCUUGCAUGUCCUACAAUACCAAAUACAUGGUUGCUUCAGUAUGGUUGCGAGCACCGUCUGUGCUCCUUAAUUUACUUCACUUUUCUUUCUUUUCUUUUUUUGGUGAAAAACUUAGACUUACAUUUUCAUUUGUGUUUUGUACUUGUUUCACCAAUGUUGUGAGCCUGCUGAGGAUGCAAACGUGAGCAUCUAAAAGCUUCCCUUUAUUUGCCUAAAGUGUGGGUUGUGUACACCUGGAUGGAGAGAGAGAGAGAGAGAGACAGCGCAGCUUUUCUCAGAAAUGCAGUCAUCAUGCCUGUGUAUUUGUGUAAAACUUUGCUAUGUACAUACUUUUGUAAAAACACUGAGAAAUUAUACUAACUUAUUUAUGUCAAGCUUUUUUUUUUAUGUAGAAUAAAAAAAAAAUGGGUUUUUGA